GCCAACCCGAAUAUUGCAAACCCUUUCAUUCUCUUCUCCUAUGAAUACACCUCGCACCACCACCAUUUUAGCUCUCUUUUAGCCAACACAAGAAACAACUCUCGCCUUCCGACUUUCACUCUGCUCCACACGCCGCCGCCUGCCGACCUUCACUUUCUCUCUCUACCCAGCGCGCCACGCUUAGAUCUUGGAUCUGUGAAGGCUUAGGUCGAGGAGAAAGGAGGCGAGGAAAGGAAAAAAAUGAUGAUGAUGAGGGCUUCAAGGGGAGUAGACGCUGCUCUCUCCAGCGGCGUCGCUUGCCCCAAACCCCGCAGAGUCGGUGGAUUCUUCAAUUCGCCCUCUGGUUUUGAUGCCAUUCAGUCCAUCAAACCUUCCUGCUAUCUGCAGUUCGGUCAGCAGAUGGAGGCUUGUGAUUCGGAAUCUGGAACUGAACUGCUGGACUUCAUCCUUACCAAGGGGGCUUGCAGUUAUGGUGAAGGCAGGGCCAGUUUCCAGACAGAUUCAUCGCCUCCUCCAUUUUUCUCAGGAACACCACCAAGCAGGGCUUCUAAUCCUCUAAUUCAAGAUGCCCAAUUUGGGCAUGAUUUUUUUGACCCGUUAACACAAACUCUAGAAGCUAUAGCACCACCACCACCAUCGUCUCCACCACCACUACCCUCUCCCGCCCGUAAAAACAGCGGGGGAGGGUGUGGUAUGAAAUUUGGGAACAAACCGGCUCCGGUAAGGAUUGAAGGGUUCAAUUGUGGAAGGAACUGCAGCAUCUCUGCAGUAGCCUAGAGGAAAGGUUGCAGAACAAGUCAUAGAUUUUUUGGAGGUGAGAAUCAAAAGAACCUAAAACUAAUGCACUUAGUUUUAGCUUGUAUAUAUAGCGAGAUGAGAGUCAUUGACAAUUAUUACGAGUUUUUCAUUGAAGAGUCAGGGUCUUGAUGUGCAUAUGUAAUGAGUUAAUGAUGAGUUGAUGGGAGGUGAAAUAUUCAUCAAACAAUACAAUAAUAAUUACCAAGAGGAGGAAGAAAGGAUGGGGAAAUAUACUACCACUCUUUUUUCCAUUCAACUUUGGACAUUGUUAUGUUAGGGUAUUUUUUUUUGUUUCUACCACAGGACAAGACUUGGUUUGGGAGUUUUCUUGAGGGCGAAGACUUGAGAGCGCUUCUAUCUUGUAACAUUGUUACUCUUCAUUACCUUCACUGUAAUUGUAAUAUGAAGGAAAGGAGACCAAUGUUCUUUUUCACUUUCUGGUGUAGCAAUAUAUAUAAUAAUGUACUUUCUAUGGAGUAUUUUGUGCUGCCGAGUGCCAACAGUUGUUGAUAAUUAUCCUGUGUAUAAUCGAUGGAUCACGUUGAUGUAGUUAAUUUGUCCACUCUUUGGAAAUAAAACAUUGCAAACACUUGUUGUACGAUUUUCACGAAGACAUACGGAGUAUCAUUUCCAC